GGUCAAGCCCCCGGGCCCCCAAAUGAUGGAAAACUCCUAGCUACACCCCUGUAUACAACACACGAUUUAUUCAAACACCAGUAGACCAAAAUAUCUUCAAAUAAAUAUUGUGUGUGACUACACGCUGCAUAAUGAGAUGUUUUGCAUAUUCAUAGUUGGAUCAGAAAAAUCGAGCGUUCAAGCUCCCAGCCUGUUCAUUGUCUAACAUUCAACUGACACAUAUUUAAAUGACAGUCUUCUAACUUUCAAUCGAUUGACAUUAAAGUUAAUUUUAAACUAAAUGAUUAAUUGUUUUCAUUAAUAACUUCACUUGGACUAUUAACACACAAAAAAUGAAGCUAAUUAAUUUGAUGUUUCUAUUUCUCUCCAAACCAUGCGCAUUGGAAGCUUUCAAAGGAGGUCACGACCCAAUGUUCGGGUUCAUUCAACCGAAUAAUGUCUUAGAUAUCUUUCAGCGUUGGAUGGUACAGCAUUCAGUCCUUUAUGCUGACCUGUCCACUACAUGGAGAAGGUUUCAAAUAUUUAAAACCAAUGUGCAACGUGCGUUUGAUUUGAACGAGAAACAUGGCGGGCUAACCACAUUUGGACUGACCCAAUUCGCUGAUUUAACGCCACAAGAGUUUCUGAAGAAUCAGUUGAUACCAGGGAUUGCUAAAUUAUUCAAUGCAUCAAGCCAAAGAAUAUUUCCAAGAUCUCGGAAGUCACGCACAGAACUGGUCAGUGAAAUCGACUGGACAAAGAAAGGAGUGGUGCCUCCUGUCCGAAAUCAAGGCAAGGUCGGAACCUGUUAUAUCUUCUCAACGCUUGACAUGAUUUCGUCAAGGUGGGCCAUGAAGGGAAACCCAGCGGUCAAUUUGUCGGUGGAACAGGUCGCCGAUUGUCUAGCCGUGGCUCCAGAUCUCUUCUCGGAUAGUCUAGCGUGUGGGAUCAACGGUGGACUGCCAUAUGCUGUAUUCAGAUACAUUAAGAAAGUUGGUGGAGUCACUACAGAGGAGAUGUAUCCUUACUGUGUGGGAUCUGGAACAUGUAAACCUUGUGCUCCACCGGGAUAUGAUCCAGAGAUGUGUGAAAGGUAUCCCUUAAACGACUGCGAUAAGGCGGACAGCUGUCCAGCUAAACUGGACACAUCUCAGUUCGUCCAGGGAUUGAUGGUCAACACCUGGACAGAUGUGAUGCCCGAGGAAGAAACUAUAGCGCAUGUACUGGAAACAGAAGGCCCCUUGACUUGUGCAGUCGACGCUAGUGACCUACAGCUUUACAAAAGUGGAAUCCUUGUACCAGAUCGCUGUCGGCCCUAUGACUUGAACCACGCCUGUCUGUUAGUGGGCUAUGGCGUUGACAGGAACGUCUCCUACUGGAAGGUCAAAAACUCCUGGGGCAGACAGUUCGGGGAGGAUGGCUACUACAGGAUAGCACGGGGGAUAGGCGCGUGCGGCAUUCACAGAUACGUGUCAACUGUCACGCUUGAAUAGAUUCAGACACGCCAGAAAAUAAAACCCAGGACUAACCUAGCCUACCACUGACUCUAGUUAGCUGAUAUAAGCUUUGUAAAAAAAAACAUUUCAUGUUGAGAUUAUAAAACUUUCUAUUAAACGAA